GCCUACGGUGGGACGUCACCGCGCAGAGCUUCGCGCGGGAGGAAGACGCGGCUCGGACAGGAUGAAGGUGUAUUUCUGCGGCAGCAUCCGCGGCGGCAGAGAUGACGUGCAGGUUUACCGGAGGAUCGUCCACAAGCUGCGGAGCUACGGGACCGUGCUGACCGAGCACGUGAGCAGCACCGAGCUCACCGACAGAGGAGAGGACGCCGCAGGAGACCGAGCCAUUCACGACCGAGACGUGGACUGGCUCCGACAGUCUGACGUGAUCGUGGCGGAGGUGACGCAGCCGUCUUUGGGCGUCGGCUACGAGCUCGGCCGAGCCGUUGACAUGAAGAAGAAAAUCUUCUGCCUGUUCAGACCGUCGUCAGGACGCAGUCUGUCGGCCAUGAUCCGAGGAGCUGACGACGGCGAGCUCUUCGUGGUGAGAGAUUACAGCGAGGACGAGGUGGAGAACGUUCUGGAGGAGUUCUUCAGCGGACUGAAGAGAACCUGAAGAACCCACAUUCAGUUUGUUCGUGUCUUUGACAAGAUGCCAAUAAAGUUGGAAUGCAGAAGAAAA